CGGCAGGGUCCGAUUGCUCGCUCCCGAUAAACGAGGAAAUGCACAUGGCUCUGGAGCCAUGAUACUCGGCCAACAUGGAUAUCAUUCAGUUCGGCAGAUCGCGUCGCAUAAUAGCGUGCAGGUAAGCGCCUGAUGGACGCUGUCUCCCGUUUUACCGGUAAAAGGAGCCGCAUGCGAUAGUAGCUGACCAACAAAUGGCGGCUGGAUGCUAUCUUCCCCAUGGGGUUGGUGGACAACGGUGGCGUUUACCCAUCGAGUAUAAGAAGGAUCAUGAAUCAGUUACUCUUUUCUGCUCGAUCAACGGACCAUCGGCUGCUCUCCAGAUACUGAGCACUCACCUACUGGUGAAAUCGUUAGCACAAACCCGUCUUUCUCUUUCUGUCCACUUCCAAAUGACCGUCUGCUUUGACUCGUCCAAGCCAUUCAACCACCAUGCAAGAACACGCUUCCACCGCUUUUGUCGGUUCCGAUAUCGAGCGGGGUGUGGACAUGUCGUCGACAAUGAAGCGUGAACAGUCUUCCAUGGUGGAAGAAUCGGAAGAAUAUCAAACUGCACCCGCGAUGAAAGGUCGCCUCGUUUGGAUCGCCAGUAAGCUCCAUGUGGAGGAGCGAGGCAUUGAGCGUGUGCCAGAUGAUGCGCGUACUGAUACUUCGUACUGGAAUAUCAGUUCUAUGUGGUUGGCUGCCAAUUUGGUCGUCCCGUCCUUUACCAUUGGUGUACUGGGACAGCCCUUGUUUGGCAUUGGCUUUCUCGAUGGUGCCCUAGUCAUCAUCUUUUUCAACCUACUGGGUACAAUGACGGUUUGCUUCUUCUCUACCUUUGGCCCAGCAUUUGGUCUUCGACAAAUGGUUCUGUCUCGCUUCUGGUUUGGCUGGUGGGGAGUAAAGCUAGUCGCGCUCUUCAACCUUCUGGCCGGUAUCGGAUGGUCUGCUGCCAACAUCAUUGUCGGGGCGCAAUUGCUCAAUGCUGUCAACCCAGAUCUCCCUGGCUGGGUCGGAAUCAUCAUCAUUGCACUUUGCACCCUCUUCAUCGCCUUCUUUGGAUACAAGGUCGUCCACGCCUACGAGUACUGGAGCUGGAUCCCCACCUUUAUUGUAUUCAUGGUUGUCUUUGGAACCUUUGCCCACACGGGAGACUUCCGCAACGUGCCAAUGGGCGUUGGUAAGGCUGAAAUCGGCAAAGUGCUUACCUAUGGCUCAACCGUCUUUGGCUUUGGCACCGGCUAUACCAGUCUCGCUGCAGACUACACUGUGUAUCAGCCAAGCAACCGGCCACGCAGACGAGUAUUUUUGUCCGCAUUUCUGGGUAUUUACCCAACCCUGCUCUUUACGGAACUGCUUGGAGCAGCGAUGGCCACUGCGAUGACCCUCAACGGUGGCGACAACAUCUAUCAGGCAGGAUACAACGAGUCUGGUAUUGGUGGUCUGCUUGGUGCUGUCCUGCUCCCACAUGUAGGGCUCUUUGGAAAGUUUUGUCUCGUCAUCUUGGCCCUUUCUAUUGUCGCCAACAACUGUCCCAACAUUUACUCUGUGGCUCUGACACUGAUGGUACUUGGCCGAUGGACACGGCGCGUACCUCGAUUUGUGUGGACCAUCCUCGGGUCCAUUGUCUACGUUGCCAUUGCUAUUCCCGGAUACUCGCAGUUUGAGGCUGUGCUGGAGAACUUCAUGCACUUCAUUGGCUACUGGCUCGCGGUGUACGAAGGAGUGGCGUUGACGGAGCAUUUCAUCUUCAAACGAGGGUUUUCUGGCUACAAUGUGGAGGAUUGGGACAACCCAUCGAAGCUACCACCUGGUAUUGCAGCCGUCUUUGCCUUUGGCUGUGGCAUCUGCGGCAUGAUUCUGGGCAUGAGCCAAACGUGGUGGGUUGGCCCGAUUGGGAAACUGGCUGGACCCGAACCCCAUGGCGGCGACCUUGGCUUUGAGCUAGGCUUCGUCUUCGCAGCCGUAAGCUACUUUGUACUUCGAACGGUUGAGCUUCGUCUUUUCAAACGAUAGACAACCGUCUCUUCUGUGGUUGGUGGCUAUCCCGUUACUACUCCAUGCACCCGGAGUACAGCACCAACCGCUGUUUUCACUUUUCAGGAGGCGACAAUUUGCAACACCAGUCGUUUUAGCCUCUUUUUUUGUGAUCAUGUAUUUGCUUUAAUCCAAAUUGCUGAAUAGUUCUUGUUCUGCGUAUUCCACCACUUCUGCUCGUAGUCUG